AUGAAUACUUCGUUGAAUAAUGGAUUUGAUGCUAAAAAUAUUCUUUGUCUCGAUACAAAAUACAAAUGUCUAACGUGUCAACUUAUUCUUAGAAAUCCGGUUCAAAUUAUGUGUGGACAUCGUUUAUGCUAUUCGUGUCUUCCUAUUGAAAACAAUUUGAUUCGGUGUCCAAAAUGUUCAAAAGUCACAUCAUUAUCAGAGAUUAGACUGGACAAAGGCUUCAAUAAUGACAUGCAACAGUUGCAAAUUCUUUGCCAUUUAUGUGAAUGGUCUGGUGAUUUCAUUAAUUAUGAAAACCAUCUAGCAGAGCUACAUCAACAAUAUCGAUGUCUGUUCUGCAAUUCAAUAUUCACUUCGGCACCAUCGCUACAGCAACAUACAGAAAGUAUGUGUUCACAGAUGCUAGUAGAUUGUAUGUUGCAGCCAUACGGUUGUAAUACAAAAAUAUUACGCUGCAAUCAAUCCGAACAUUAUACUAGUAAAAUGCAUCAACAGAUUCUUGUGUUAUGCAUUUUGCAAUGCAUAGCAACGUUAACUGUAAAAAAUCAAAACACCAUACACAUGGACGCAUAUGUCGACAGGAAAAGAAUUGAUGAUUCGCCUAAAGUAACUACUGAUUCAUCGACAAUUCUAGAAACUGAUGAGUCGAAUGUUCAGCAAAAAGAUAUCACUGAAACAAUGAAUAUCCUAGCAGGUGGUACUGCUGUACUAAAUGAUGAUGUACAGCGAUUAAGUAGUGAAUCAUUGCAACAAUCUCUAUUGAUAGAAAUGUCUAGUCAAAACUUGAAAGCGCUAAAAACAUCGUGUGAAGAAUCAAAGAAUUUCAUGGAUGCGCUUAGUACUAACAUGAGUAUUCUCCAACAGGAUUGUUUUUCUUUAAAACAAAAAAUUGAAGAGUCACAAUCAAUCUCAUAUGAUGGAACAUUAUUAUGGAAAAUCAGCAAUGUACAAGAGAAAAUGACUGAUGCUCAAUCGGAACGACAAGUUUCAAUUUAUUCGCCACCGUUCUAUUCUUCGCCAACAGGAUACAAAAUGUGCGCACGCGUCUAUUUCUAUGGCGACGGAAACGCACGUCGUACCCAUAUGUCCCUCUUUUUUGUUCUAAUGCGAAGUGCACACGAUGUGUUGCUUUCUUUUCCGUUCACUUACAAAGUUACAUUUUGUUUGUUUGAUCAAACUGGCGAACAGCAACAUGUCAUCGAUACGUUUCGUCCUGACCCAAAGUCAAGUAGUUUCCAGAAACCACAGUGUGAUAUGAAUAUUGCAAGUGGCAUCCCAAAAUUCGUGCAAUUAGACAAAAUACAACAACCGAAUAGUAGAUACGUGAAAGAAAAUGUGAUGUUCAUCAGAGUAAUGGUAGAUUUUGCAAACUUAAACAAAACAAUGUUACCCUACGCAGUGAGUUUAAAUCCAGGUCUACCAAUAUAUUGCCAACAACGUCUGAUACAACAAAGAGCACAACUGCAAUCUCAGAAAAUUUCAGAAACGACUCCGAUGAAUAACCACCUCAACACCAACGGUAAUUCAUCGACUGAAUAA